CCUGAAAAAAAAAACACAGCAACAGUCACCUCUUGGCGACGCGCGCGAAGUCAUAUAUCGGCAUCGGGAGUGAGUCGCGUGCGUGAAUAACGAGUUAGGUACCUAGUGAAAAUUUCCGCGAUUUUUUUUUUUUUUAUUUGUUUUUCUGUUUUUCAUCGUCGUCGUUGUUGUCAUUAAUAUUAAUGUUUUCUUGACGGUUUUCGCGAGUGUUUCCGACCGUGAAUAAUACUGACCGACAGACGUCGCGGAGAAGACUUCGGAAAUCCGAGGAUUACACCGACAAAUUUACGUACGAUCCCAAAAGGAUCCGCUCGGGUUUUGGAGACCACACAUGUAUAAAAUUAUCAUAAGAAAGGUACGUGCGUUAUCGUAAUAUAGCGACUUAAUAAAAUAUAUUUAUAUGGUUACCAAGGGGGCAAUGACUAUUCCAUUCUGGGGGAGGGCUAAUUUUAUAAACGAGAAAAAUAUAUGUACGUUAAAGAAGAAACCAUCGCGGAAUCCAACGUGUUAUAUGUAUAGAUAAAACGUUUGCUGGAACAUCCGGCCGCAGUGUUGUGUUUUAUCGAGAUAAAUGUAUCUAGUUAGGUAUAUUUUUAUACAUUUUAUCUUAUCUAGAUAAAAAAGAAAUAAGUUACCAUAGACAAAUAGUCGAAUCGUAUGGAUACUUUUUUUCCAAUAAUUAUUUAUUUAUUUAUUAAAAAAUAACAGGGAAGUAAUAUUUGAUUUAUAUUAAAACGGUUUAAUUAAUUAAUUAUUACGUUAUUUCAUCAAUUACACGAAUUUUUUAAAGUCUAAAACCAAAUCUGAUUUUUGACUACUUAACACUUAGUUUUAUGAUAGGUGGACAAUCAAAUUAUUUUGUUUAUUUAAUACAGAUAAAAUUUCGUUGAUUAUUUAUUUUUACCUAGAAAAUUAAAUCUUUAUUAUGUACUUUCAUCCUGCAGAUAAUUAUUAUUUUAGCGAUUAUAUUAUCUUAUCGUUAUCUGGAUAAUUUAUCUAAACGUGUCUUUAAACAGACAUUGCAUCCGAGGUGUCGUUACGAGCAUAUAGACCGAAAUAUGUACUUAUACUUAAAAUAUUAUGUUAUACAAUAUGCAGCGACCUUAGUAAGUAAUUAAUUGACGUUAUGACGCGGCCAAACCCGCGGUUGUCAGUUUUCGUUUUAUUUCAGAACAUUAUAUUAUUGUAGUCGGUGUAGGCAUGGUGAUGAACACAUUUUCAUCGGAAAGUAAAUAUAAUAAAACUGUUGUAAUACAGGCGACCACCGGUUUCCAUUUUUAACGUAACCGAUACACAAAUCUUUGGUCCCGGGGAAUAAGGGUUCAAGUCGAUAUUUGUAUAGUUUUCAAUAUGAGCUAAUUAAAUUUUAAAAACCGCUAAAUUGUUUCAUAAACGCCUCAAUCUAAAUAUGGCCAUUCUAAAUGGUUUAUCAAAUCGUAAUGUGUUAUUGCCCGAUUUAUUAUGCUUAUUUGCCGAACAAAAUAAGCCCAUCAUAUUGUGACUUCACCAGAUAUUUUAAUUUUCAAUAUGACACGUAUAAGAAUACCAUACUAAGCCAUACUUCUGCCGUUUGCCCGAAAAAAUUAAGGGAAACAAUUACUCAAGACAAAAUUAUAUUAAAAAAAAAAAAAAAAAUCCGAAAAUUCGAUUUAGCCAAUCUUCACCACGCGAUAGAACGCGAUAGAAUAUUUGAUCGUGUUCUACUUUAUACCCGUGUUAUUGAAUAAUAAUUUAAUUAUCGAAAGCACGUCGACUUAUAUAACGCUCGCAUUAUUGAUAAUAAGUAUGGACGCAUAUAGGUACCUAUAAAAUAUAAUUUUCUCCGCAACGUUGGAUAUUUUAAUUCGAUUUGGUAUUAUUUUUUUUUCCAUCUGUGUACGUUAUGUAAUAUCAUUAGCCCAUAUAUUUUAACCGCCCCUUUCUCUCGGUCUAAACUUAAUAUAUGGGUAAAAUAAUUAUCGUGGCGGUCUUUACGCACAGUAAAAAAAGUAUAUAAACGUUUCUUUAAUAGUAAUAUGGUUUCGCAAUCGUUAAUCGCGUACCUAUAUAAUAAUAUAACCGAUAGGCUACGCACACACAGUUUAGUUGAGCAACUCCGACGCGGUUUCCUCUGUAUAAGUACGUGUAUACCUGUAUAAAUUAAGUAGGUACACAAUAAGAUUAUGCUUGGCGUAAGUAAAAGCAACUUACGUUGGCUAUGAAAAGAAUCGAUUUAUUUACGCAUCGAAAUCACGUGAAUGGGUGUUCGGCAAAUAUACGAAUCGUGUGCGGGUCACCGAUCGAAUAUCAUCACGAUUGUGUAAUUGUAAUAUUUUAUAUUAUAGCUAUAAUACACGUAAAUCACACGUAUGAUAAACCAGACGAUAGAUUGUCUUGGAUAACUGAUAAAAGACUACAGGGGGCAACUUGCCUAUACCAAAUUUGCUUACUGGUGAAGAAAUUAGUUAAUUGUCAGUUAUUUGCCAAAACGAAAUUUUCUGGUAUCGUUUAAAUAUUGCUCCAUAUACUUCCGAGGCAUUUUAUCGGGACGUUUAAAUUUCACAUGGUUUUUUAUUUUCAAAGAUAAAAAUCUAUCGGAAGAUGUGAACAUUUAAAGUUUAACCUGCGUGAAUGGUACUUAUCAACAAAUAAGGCACACAAACAGAACAUAUAUGGCGCGUAAUUCGAUAUUCUUUCCUAUAUUUAGACUACUAGGAUUAGUACUGACUUAAUGUAAGGCUAAAAGUUAUACCCGGGUAAAUGCUCAAGUUGUCCCUAACCUCUAAAUGACACCACUGAAUGUAAUAUAAUAUAUUAUUGUCGAAUAAUUCCUAAAACCAGAGACUAUUGCACUGUAUUGCGUCUGUUAAUCGAACGUGUAUAUGUAAAUAAAUAUAUGUAUUUCUCGAAACCAAGGGUGUACAAUUUUAUACUUGCACGUAUGCAUCAAGGACGUACCUUUUGGUGAUUUUCUAUUUCAAUCCCUCCCCCAAUCAUUUUAAUACUAGGAUUUUAUAUUUUUAUAAGAAAGUGGGGGUUUUAAACACAUAUACAACGGACCCAUAAAAAAAAAAACAAAUGAAAUAUUGUACCGAAAGCGGGAAAAAUUCGACUCUAGUGACGGAGUUCUGCUGUUCACGGGUGUUUAUUAUUAUUAUGCCGGUGUAAUAUCAUUACACAUGAUGUUAGGUCGAUUCAACUAUAUAGGUAUCUCGUAUAUGUUUACAUAAUUACACGGCCAAAACGCGCUCAUGCGUAUUAUUCUAUCGUAUUUUAUUAUUUUGUCCGGGACUCGUCCUGCCAGCAGCUGUAUGCAGUCAUGUCGUGUGUAAAGUACGUGAACUCGUGAUUACGGGUUCAACACGUGUGCGGGUUUCCGGUAGAUUUUCAAAAACGUAUACACCUACCAUUAUAAUGUAAGUACAUAUCUACUCUGGUAUCGUUUGAUAUCUAUUAAGCAUUUUCAAAAUUUAAAUUUAUCGAUUAUAUAGUUAGGUAACAGUAAUAUUAUAUUGCCGUAUAGGUAAAUAUUGAAAUAAUAUAAUAUUGCGUACAGCGAAAAAACCACAACUCUGUAAAAAUAUUACAUCGAUGGUGUAUAAUAAUUAUUAUAAUACCAUGUAAUUUAAGACUAGCUAGACGAAUAUCUAUAUAACACACACACGCACACACAUAUACAUAUGAUAUAAAUUAAAAUCGACGUACAUUAUAUCGUAUAUAGUAUUGGGUCAUUAAAUUAAUUUCAUAGAAGUUUAUUUAAUUUAUCACUGAAAUAACAAACGAUUCGAAAUCGUUUGAAAAAAAAGAGUUUCUCUUCAAUAAGUAAUCCAAAAUUCGAGAUUUUAGAUCGCCAUCGUCAGAAGGAAAAUCAGAAAUUUUGUCAUGUAGUUACCUAUUAUAUUUGGAACAGUUUUACAAAUCGAAAAUGUGUUUUUCGAGUGAGACAAACACCCGUAUGGUGCAUCAGAUAUUUCAUUCUGUGAACUUGUUAUAUCCUGUGAAAACAUGUGCAAUUUCAGCUUACAAAUCGUUGGGGAGAGGUUGAAAGUUAAAACCCCCAAAAGGUACAUCAUUGAUGCUUGCGCCACACAUGUAUAAAACUGCAUUCCAUUAACUUCAUCAUUUGGGGAGUUUGUACAGGUGUAUGUACAAUGCUAUAAAAACACCGUCUAUACCAACAACAAUACGGCGAAAUUCAUAUUGAAAUUCAAUUAAAAUGUCAUCACUUCGAUUCGCCUAUAAAACAAUUAUUCUAAUUCUCGAGUUUGGGUUUAUUUGGUCCAGAGGAAGCUGCUAAAAAUACCCAAUAGUAGCCGGAAAAAUAUACAUAAAACAGAAACAAUGCAUUGCAAUGGUCUCUGUUUAUGGGGAAAAUUCAACAAAAAAACACGGUCUUAUACAGUGAAACUGAUCGGUUCGUCUGUUCACUACAUACAGAAACUAAAAAUUUAAAUUUUUAAUAUAAUCAAAUAUAUGGCACGCGGGAGAAAAUUAUAAAAAAAAAAAAAAUCGUACCUUUUAAUUAUAAUCAGACCGACUAUAAUUUUUGACGGAAAACCGCGAAUUCAAAACGGUGGUUCAUAUAUUAUACUAUAAAUAUAUAUAUAUAUAUGCACAUUAGUAUAAGUUAUGCGUGCAAUAUAAUAUAGUAGUGUACAGUAAAACGCAUCUAGUGGAAAAAUAAUAAAACGCAUGUGACAAGCGAAAAUACAGUUUUUCGUGUGCAGUUAUAUUUUAUAGAUAAAUUAAACAAAUAAUAAUAACAAUAAUAUAUAUAUAUAUAUAUAUAUAUAUAUAUAUUUAUAUAAUACGAUGACAAUUGCGAUGUACUACAUAUUAUUAUGAUGAUGUGUGAAUGUUUUAUGCGCGAAAAAGUGUUUCAUAUGUGUGUAUGUGUGAUGUGUGUGUGUGUAUGUGUGUGUGUGUACACAUAUAUAAAUAUAUUAUAAAAAAAAAUAUCCAUUUCGAGCACACGUAUACAUUUUAUUCGAACGUGUGUGUGUUUGAUAGACGUCAUAAAUGUAUAUGUAUUUUUUUUUGCAUUUUUUACAUUUUGCAUUUUAAUUGGACGUUUUAAAUAUUUUCUCAGUGCGUGCGAUUGGACACAUUAAGACCCUACAUUGCCUAUAAUACGAUGUUGGUAUAGGUAGGCAGGCAGAUGGCGAACAGAAAAAAAAAAUGUAUAUAGUUAAGCAUAAUAAUAUGUGGCGAAAAAUUCGUUCCGAUUCGAAUCUACCGCGGCGGCACGAUAUAAUAUUAUAAUUCAUAAUAAUUUUACAACGAAUAUCUAACGUAUAAUAUAAGUACGAAAAGGUGUAGUAUUAAAAUAUUUGUACGUUCUAGUAUUACACGUAUAUAGGUGGUGCUAUAGGCACUUAAUUUAUUUUUUACACAAUUCGUCGUGAUUAUAAUAAUAUAUCAUAAAUAUUAUUAUUAUUAGGUGCGUUUUUUUUUUUUUUUUUUUUUUUUGACCGAGUGAGGUAAAUAUUAUAAUAUUAUCUACUAUAUUAUCCACUUACAUUUUCAAUUUCCAAAGAUUAUUUUAUUUUUUUUUUUAUUAUUUAUUUGCUACUAAUAAAUAUGCGAAAUAAACGAGAAUGUUAUUCAAAACAAAAAUAAAAAAAUACCCCGACAUACUUCGCACCGUGUGUAGACCACUGUCCACUGGUAUUGUGUAUAGGAAGUUGGUAAAGUACAUAAUGUGUGUUUGGAAUACAUUGCUAUUUACUUACGUGUUAUAAAAUACACUGAAAGCAAAGGUAAUUCAUAUUUCAAUUCAAAUGCGAUGUGAUAUUAUAGAUAACAUCGUCAUAUAUUAUCAGUUUUAUUAAAUGUCCAGAAACCCAGUCGGGAGGAAAUCUGUAUCGAAACAAAUUGUCGAAUAAAGUAUCACUGUUCGAAAAUCUCUUAUAUCUCUAAAAUCUCUCUCUCUCUAUAUAUAUAAAUAUAUAUAUACGAGUAAUGUUAUGCUCAACGAAAAGUCCUUAAUUAUACUUAUAAGGUCAUACACAAUUAAUAGGUACAUGUUAAGUACAUUAUUAUUUGUUCGAUACAUAUUUCAUUUAAAUAAACGCUUAUGGUGGAAGGAGGAAGUUAAUAGUUAAUUAACAAAGUUAUUAAUAAUGGCUAAACUAUGAGUAGAAGGAAUGAAAUAUAAUUUAUAAUCGUAAUAAUUCUAAUUUGUUCAUUAAGCUGAUAAAUGAAAUGAUUGCGUAAAAUUAUAAUAGCGUCUUCUGCACUAUUAACUCAAAAUCUAAAAAAUACGUUGUAAAUAUUAACUAUACGAUGCGAUAAUGAAUUUAAUUUAAAAAUUUAAAACGAAUUGGUUGGAAAAAAAAAUGGCCAAUGGGCGGAGGGUUAAACACUAUGAUGCUCCCUUGAAUACACUUAUGUAUUUGUAUAAUCUACUUACUAAUAUAUAUUAAAUAUAUGAUAGUACUAUUUAAAUCUUGUUUUCUAAUAAUAUUAGGGUGGGGAUAUUGGGAAUAAUAAUAGGUGGGAAUAGGGGAAGAGGAAGAUCGUAAAAAAGACGGUUGGAUAUGCGACUGACAAUGAUAUACGGAUGGAUGGCGGGUGUAUGCGAGGACGAUGUGGGGAAUCGGGUCAAGUGGAUCGAAGUUUAGGACGGGGGUGGUUGAAUCCAAAUAGCUGGUAUGAAUGCGAAGGCGAAUAAGAAGAAUAUGCAAAUCUUGUUUUUCACAAUAUUGUUGGAUGACUGAUUUUUUUAUAAAGUCAUUCAAUUAUCAAAGUAAAAUAUUAUUAUUAAUACAUAGAGACGCGGUGGAAUAAAAGUCUAGUACACUGAUGUAUAUAGCAGAUAAUCAUCAGAGAAUUUCUAUUUUAUUGACUUAAUGAAUAUACUUACGUAUAGUAUAAAUAUAUUUAAUUUAAUAAUAACAAUAUAAAAACGCAUUAGAGUAAAAUGUAUAUAAUUAAGGUAGAUUUAUGAAGGACGUGGGUGCAAAAAAAAAUGUAGAAAACAAAAUCACAUUCUAUAAUUUAUUGUACGUCCCGCGUGCUGGAUAUGUAGUUUGAGUUUGAAAUGGAAAAUAAUAUUGUUAAUUAACAAUGUUGUUGUUUAAUGUCUUCAUAGAAUGGUGUACAGAAUAUUAUGAACUAUAUAUGAAAGGAUAUAAGAAACAGACCAUUUAAUUAUAGUUUAAAUGUUUUAAUGGAACGAUGCAUGCUACUAUAUUAUUAUAUAGAACGUUUAGGUCGGUAUAUCAUCACUAUCAUCCGUAAUGAUGCUGAUUAAAUUAAAAAUUUGAAGUUAAAUUGAAAAACUAAUUAAUUUACUAUUAAAACGAUUUGUUUUUUCGUAUAUAAAGACCAUUAAUGUAUCAUUAAACUGAAGUGAAAUAAGCAUACUUUCAAUAGUCCAGUUUCUGUUCUGAAAAAUGAUUUAGUUGGAAAAAUAUUGUCAUUUUUUACUUUUUUCAUUUUUUGAGCGAGUUCCCUAAAAAUGGCAGUACUUUUUCCUCUUAAAAUGGUAUCGGGCAGUAGAGAUAAGUAGAAAUGUUUCAUCAUUACGGUGGUUAUUAAAAGAUAUAAUUUUUUUUUAAAAUUUCACGAAAUCGGAGAAAAUUUGGAAAACUUCGAAAUUUUGUUUACAAUUUAUUUACUUGUAAAUAAACAUCUUGCAGGUUGAACAUAUGAAUGUCGGAAUGUUUCACCAAUCUAGAUAAAACACAACACACGGAUACUACGCGAAAUGCUCUACCUGCAUAUUUAUAGUAUAAUAUUGUUUAUUUUGAUUACAGAUAUAAGGUCGGGCGGUAAAAAUCUCGUUACGGGCCUGAGGUGAACGUUUUGAAUCAUGAACACGAGAUUCCACAAGUGAGUUAAUACAUACUAUUAGUUAAUGUCCUAACUUCCUGAGUGUACACCCAAAACCUACCUAGUCAAUGAAAAGUCACCAUGGGUUUAAAUAAAGCAGAGGGGAAACGGAAAAAUGAAACCACCCGUUGAUCCAAAUUCAACUACAAGAAAAUUUGUGUCCAAGUGUAAACCUAAUAUCUAGUCGAUGAGAAAUCAGGACGGUUUAUGUACAUUUAUAAUAGUGUGAGCCGAACUCGGGUACAGUUUGUAAAUAUACUCUCCGGCUGCGAUAACAAUCAGAAAAUCUAAUAAUUCUACCGGACUAGGUAGGUAAAGGUAUGUACGAAUACUCGAGUUUCAAGUGAUACUUAUGUAUACUUUCUGGUUCGUAUACGUAACGUGGAAGUUUUUCAAUUCUAUUUUCUCGUACCUUGUAGUAGCAGGCGAAUGCUUUCUAAUAUACCCAAUUACAAUAUGCGUACACGUAUUCUAAAGAAAAUGGUAAGCACUAAUAUAAUUAUAUUGUACAAUAUGAUGGGUAUAUGUACUUGUCACUGUAUUUGUUGCACAGUAACUUCGCGCGCAUCUGUACGUAUAUACCGUAUUGUUACGAUAAUAUUAUUAAAAUUAAAAGCGGGAAAUAAAUAAUCAAUACUCAAGUACUGCAGCUGAAUAUUUAUUAUUUCAUCAGACAAAUUUCCAUAUUGACCGAGUUUUCUUUUGUGUACGGCGGCGAGAAUUGAAAAUACAAUGUUUUUGCUUUUUACUGCAUACAUAUUCCCUACUGGGAAUCGAAUAGAAAUCUGCAGUAAAUAGGUACUUACUAAAUGUGCGCAAAAUCCCGACGCGUGAACAUAUAAAAAUAAAUAUUAGUUACUAUAUAUUACUAAUAUUACUAAAUCUUUCGUCUUAUGGAAGAAAUGUUUUUCAUUUGUUUACAGUAUUGUCACAAUAUUAAUACAAUAUUAAUUAUUUUCUUAUUAUAUUUUGAUCUAAAUUGCAUAAGUGCAUGCAAUGUUUAUGUAAAAGUGUAUAUGUAUUUUAAAAAUUGAAUUUAUUUGUAGUGAAUACUAAUUCAAUUCAUUUAAGCCUUUCUUCCGUGGGACUAAAGAUAUAUUAUAGAAAAUUGGACAGCAAAGAACUUAACACUGAUAUAAUUCCCAAAAAAAACAAUAUUCUUAAUUUUCUUCAAAUUCAAGUGUAUAUUUAAAAAUCGUGAUUCGAGACUUCUAUCAUAUUUUGUUUAGGUGUUUCAAUAAUUGUUUUUCUCAUUGCAUAUGACGAUAAACUGUAAUGUUGCGAUAAACAAAUAUUACAAACUAUAUCGCUUUUAAAUUUGUUUUCUUAACUAGUACAGGUUAAUUGUAGUAAUAUCGGUCGACUCGUUUUUGUUAUCAAAAGGACAUAAAUUGGUUUUUAUUGCUAUAUUUUGAAAUACGAAUCAGUAAGAAAUUAUCGGCGAUACGGCUGUAUGUUCGCAAAUAAACAAUUUUAUUUUUAAAUAUGUUUAUUAAAAAAUUUAAACGAGGAUGUUAGACGUGGUGAAAAAUUUUUCGUUUGCAGUUCUCAAGGACAUCACGAGCUACUCUAACAAUUAUUUUCGCGUAUAUAAUAUAUAAUAACAUAGAAGAUUACGUCUCAGUCGUCGCGUUUAAUGAAGUCGCGUACCUUUACGUAAAGAUAUAUUUACUAUGAUAAGAGGAAGUGUGUGAAAUAAUGUAAAACAUAAAAAAAAAAAAUAAAAUGUACAGUUAAAUGCUUACACAUUAAGUGUAAAUUUGUAUGAAAAGUAUUAGGAAUUUUUCAAAUAAACUUCUAUCAUAAAAAGUCGAAUCUUUUAAACGUUUUAAAUAAGGCGUGACAAAAUCGGAUAAAUUUUAGAUGUGUUUUACAAAUAAAAAACCCAUUUUAGCAAAAUUAAUAUUGUAGUUUCUUCGAUAGAAUUCAAAAACAAAAAUUCAAAUUUUAUAGUAAUGUUUAUAAGUAUAGGGUAGAUUUGUAAACCUCUUUGCAUUUGUAUGUUUUCAUUACUUGGUUAAAAAUUUAACUAGAUUAUACUAAAUUGUGAUUCAUGAUGACCUAACGAUACUGUCGACAAAAUUGUAUUUUGUAUUUAAAAAAUAUAGUUCAUCAAAUAGCAUUAAUGGGAUUGAAAACGACGAGUUUCUGUUUUUGUCUUACACACGUGAGUUAUAGGGCUUUAGACGGGUUUUAAUUCCAACAUAUCGAUUGAUUUAGUGAAGCGAUUAAAAUUUUGGAAACAGGUUUGAAUUUGUCGUGAAGUCUACUUUGAGAUCGAUCUCUCACUUUUUAAAUCUCCUUAAAUUCUAUAAAAACAUAAUUAUAAAAGAGUAAUUGAAAAAAUGGAAUAUUUAAGUAUUUUACGAAAUUAAAAUCAAAAAAGUGGGAAAGUCGAUCUCAAGUAUAUUUCUCGAAAAAUUCAAAUCUGCUUUGAUUUUUAUCGUUUCAAUCGGUACGAUUGAAAUACAAUACGUCUAAAUCCCUAUAUCUCACGUGCGUCAGACAAAGACAGACACUCGUCGUUUCCAAUCCCUGUAAGAUAACAUUUAAAAAAAAUAUAUAUUCCUGUCAAUAUUAUAAUAAAAAGUUAGCACGGUCAGCGGCAGGUGUGACAACUGAUGGUCUUUUUAUUUUAUUUUGUUCGUCACUAAAAUACCAGAAUAGAAAUCUAUUCUGGUAUGGUCUAGAGGCAAAGUAGAUAGUUGAAGUUUAUAUGGUCACCUAACAAUCUAUACGAUCUGGGACUCGAGAGUUUCCUGUUUCUCUAAAUAAUGUGAAUAAAACCACGAGUCUUUUAAAGAAACCAUUUUGGGAUGUUACUUGCCCUUUUCUUAAAAAGUGGGAAAUACUGAUGUUCAAACGUCCGUUGAACGUCCGACGACCGUCAAAUCGACUCUUCUCAUGAACUCCUGGUACCAAAAUCACAUUUUUUAAAAAUAAAUUGGCGUUUUUACCUUGAAGGAUUUGUCUUAUCAAAGGAUCUUUUUUGUAGAUUUUUUUGAUUUCCUUCAACUGUUAUAGGAACCGUUUUAAAAUGUUACUGGCCCAUUUUCUAAAACCUGGGGAAAACCUAUAACCAAACACCGAUUGAACGUCCGACGAUAAAUUUUCCAGACUUAAAUAAUAUCGCUUGUUUUUAACGCACUUUCCCUCGACAUCGCGUAUAUAAUUACAAUUAUUUUUCAUGUUUUUGCUUUUCCCCCGUUUAAUAUAUUAUUAAGAUGAUUUCGUAUCGUACCUAUACGGCGCUAUAGAUAUACGGCGCUCGCUGUACGUAUGAGAUAUAAUGAUAAUAUUUUCACGGUCAUUAUGUACGCCACAUAGACAUUAUAUAUAGAGAUUUUAUAGAGAUAAAUACGUAUAUAAGGAUUUUUUUUUGCGUCAUGUCUAUGUUGUACGCCUACACCCAGAUAUAUAUAUAUAAAUAUAAUGUAUUCGCAGGUACAGUGUACACUGUACACGGCGGUUAAGGAUGGCUAUGAAUGUUAUAUGAUGGUUAAUUAAACCGUAACCGCUAAAACCGAGCGUAGUUUUUCUUUUCGAACCGAGUCGCCUGAUGGAUACUCGAGUAUUAUAAUAUUAUAAUUAUUGUAGAAUUAUUAUGAAAUAGCGAAUCGAUUAGAAAAUCGUACACUAUACAUUUCGCCUGAGAGAUCAUUUUCUCAGUAUAUAUAUAUAUAUAUAUAUAUUACGAGCAAAAACCGAAGUUGGGCAAAUCUUAGAAAUGCCCAGGCAAAACACAAAGUACCCACGAUACUUGGGCAAAACGUCAUAUUUCGGCUUUUCCCCGGACAAACCUAGCUGUGACCAACCUCAUUCGGGCAAAUCUGUAACGUCCAUAAAUUUAUUUUAUAAAUACAUAAAUAAAUAAAUAUAAUAAGUAAAUAUAUUAUAUAAAUCUGACACUAAAAGUAGGUACGGUUUUUUCCGAAUGUUUAUUUUAUGUUGUCACUAUAUGUCAAAAACCAGAUAUUUUCGCGCAAAGACCCAUAUUCAUUAGUGAAGAGAGCGAGUAUUGUAGUAGUAUUAACAUGGUACCUAUCUACUGUGAAAAUUUGCCCGAAAGAGGUUGGUCACAACUGGGUUUGUACGGGCAAAAUAUGACGUUUUGCCCCAGUAUCAUGGACACUUCGCGUUUUACUUGGGCAUUUCUAAGAUUUGUCCGAUUUCGGCUUUUACCCGUAACAUAUAUAUAUAUAUUAAACAAACGGACAUACUUCACACGAUGGGUGGGCCACUGUUGUAGGUGAAAAGUUGGGAAGAUAGAGGGAAACUUUACUGUAUAUCUGUAAGUGACGAUAUAUAUAUAAAUAACAUAACAUAUAUGUAUAUAUAUGUUAUGUAUUGUGCCUAUAAGUAUAAAUGAAAUUGUAUCAACGAAAACUUAAAACUAAAGUAUAUAUAAAUGUAAUAUUUUCAUAGUGAACUGUAUAAUAAAAAGUGUAAGAAAACAAUGUUGAAACUGUAAUUAUUGCACAUUUUGCAUUAAAGAAAUAUACCUAUAAUACAUAGGUAAUAUAUAGGUGAUAUUAGAAUUUACUUUCCAUUUUUUUUUUCGAAACCGUAUAUAUAUAUAUAUAUAUAAUUCGUAUGUAAUAUUUAUGUAUUAUAUUUUUUCUUAUGGAUACGACUUGUUUCCAAGCAAUUUCGAGUAUUAAAAAGCGUGUAAUAUUUUUUUUAUAGUACUAAUUGAAAUAAUCGAGUCCCAGUUUUCACGCAGACAUACGUAUAGUGUCGUGGAUAUACUUGUACGAUAAUGCGAUAUAAUAGGUAGCAGGUACUUGUUACUAGAAAAAACGUGUAACUUACAAGUUACAAGAUCGCAAUACAGAAUAUAUUACUAUUUGAUGUGGUAUCAUUGAUAAGUGAUAAACAGGGUUUGGGUCUUAAAGUAUUUUAAAUUUUUAAAAAAAGCGCUUAAAUUUUUUUAUUACAAACAUUUAAAAAGUCCUUUGCGCUAAAAUAAGUAUUUAAACAGGAAUUUAAAAAAAUACAAAUAAUGUACAGAUAUUUUUUUAAAAAAACUAUUGAAAUAAAUAAAAAAAAAUAAGCACUUUCAAAUUUAAUAAUAAAAUUCUCGAAUAUUUUUAAAACCACAUUCGUGGAUUUUUAUCGUCUCAUGUUCAGUGUUAACUAACGUGACAAGUAGAUAAGCCAACAGAAACAGGCAAAGGUAAAUAUUUUUAAAUUAUUAAUGGAAAAAUCUAGAUUUUUUCUUUUAAAAUGUAACCUGAUAGAUAACAUUUUGUAUGUGCGCAGUGUUAGUAAUAAAAAUAUGCUUUUUGAGAGUUUAAACUUUCGAAGCCAUCUUUAUCAUAUUUAUCCUCGAAUUUCACCAUUAUUUCGGAAAAAGUAUAGUAUUGUAUUAUUUUUUUAUUAAUUAUUAAGUAGUGUUAUUUGUGGUAUUAAUGUCUUCGAUACUCAAACAAAUUGGAUAGCGACGGAGCUCUGUUGGUCACUGGCAGGUGUUUUAAAAAACAAACGUUUUAAUUUGAACUUUAAAAUAAAAAUCACGAACAAUUUAUUGUAAUACCUAAAUAUUAUAUACUGUAGUUGUUCAAUUCGGUUUCAAUGUUAAGUUAGGUUAUUUACCUAUAUUUUUGCCGUUUUUUUUUCGUGAUACGCGUUUCAGUAAUAAAUACCCGCAAAACUCUUUAUCGCUAGUACAUUAUGUACACGGUACAAUGGCCCUGCACUCGACUCGAGUCAGUGGUUCCGUACAAUAUUCCCGGUGGGUACACCGACACUUGCGCGUGUAAUUAUUUUCAUACUCGUCGCGCACAACGGACAAUAAGUUGAUGAUCCGCGAUUGAGUUAUUUAAUUCGUCGAAUAUUAUUUUUAUAAACGUGGCCGAGUUUUAUACGUUAACUAUGCAUAUAUUUGUUUGUUUAACUCGACAUAUUACAGUUCGUCCAAAACAAUUGACAGAAAAUUUGCUCCGGAAACACAUUGGGUAUAAUUCAAAGUUAUUCGAGUUAUUUUUCGUAUAGGUACCUCCACCCACUUUGAAUGUUUGUCGAGAGUCACUCUCAUCUCCAAAAUUGAGUAGUUAAUUUUUUUUUUUUAACUCUGACGUACAGGGAGGGCAAUAAUAUCAAUGGCAGGCAAAAGUAACAAUUAUCGAAUUGCAUUAUUUGUUUGUAUAUCAUACCUAUUAUAUUAAAUUUUAAAGUAAUGCUAAGUUUAACUAUUUUUGUUAUUUCACGAUUAUAAAAUAAAGUCCAAGUUCACAUUCGGGAGUUCCCGAGCUUCAUUUCUUGUAAAAUAUAUAAGCUAAUUCUGGUAAUAGAGUAUUCUUUAAGUUCGAAGAAAAAAGAACAUUGUGCGUAAAUUUGCACUGUUUUGUAUAAGUAACCUUUGAUUUUAAUGUCACGUCAAGAUUUUAUACAAACCAAAAAAAAAAAUUGUAAGUAACUCGGAUAACACCACAAUAUUUUGAAAAUUGUACCAUCACGUUUAAAAAGCAAUAAUAUUAGUAAUCGACGAUAGAUUCAGGUCUCCAGUUAUUUUUUACUGAAUAUCAACAAAAAAUCAGAACCGUUGUUAUUGCGUAAGUAUUCCCGAUUUUCCCAUUAUUAAUAAAACCCCCGAAAAAUAAAAAGUAUAUAGCCUCUUCGAUUCACCAUCUAGAUAAAACUUGCUUUCAGAAAAAAUGCUUUAUUUGGAAAUCAUACCAAGAUUUCUGGUAGAAAAGUUGUUAACGUCCAAAAAAAACAAAAAAAAAAAAAACAAAUUACACCCAUUAUAGUAAAACCAAUACAUUCCUUGGCUACGUUCGAAAUCUAAAAAAAAAUUGCAUAGAGCAAUUUCUAAUCGAAAAUUCGUUUACACCCAGAAAUAUUAUGAAAAAUGAAAAUUAUUUUUGCCAACUUUUGAUGUCCUCGACUUUCCCCCCCCUUUUUACUGCGGGGCACAUUGCAUGAUUAGAAAUAUUCCUGUACAAUGAUGUUUAGGUUUGAACGAAUGGUUGUGAAAAUUUCGAUAGAGAUAAUACAAUAAUAUAUAGAAUGCAUCUGAACGAAACGAAAAUCCGUACAAAAACGUUCGGAAACGCGUCUGCGAUAAAACUCAUCGUGAUUGUAUACACGAAUCUAAAAAACCAACAACAAUAUAAUAAACGUAUUCCGGUAAGUCGGCAUUAUUAUUAUUAUUUUGUAAGUCGUGUUACAAAACCGCUUUCUAAAUAGCGCCGAGAUAUUAUUAAGGACGUCUCAUGCGCCAUAUAUAGCGGGCUGCGGACGGUUCUAUCCACGCAUUGUCGAUUGUCGUAGUCCUUUCACUGCGUCAAAAAUUAGCGGCCUCGAAGAAACGGCGUACACUGUAUAAUAGUAUUCCUCCGCCUAAUGUCCGUCAUACCAAAACUGUUAUCGCGGAUACGCGAUGCCGUUUCACAAUGAUCGCGGGCGAGAUUGAAUUGUACCAAUUUAUACAUAAUAUUGCCCUAUGAUUAUUUAUAAUGAAAAUGUAAUUAAUAUUUAAAUUUUAAACAGGUAUUAUAUUAUUUUCGCAGGGCGGCGCAAGACGGUUUCGUGAACAUACUGAAGGAGGCCACUAAAAGAGAUUGCAACGCCAAAGACGAGGACGGGAUGACACCGACGCUGUGGGCCGCGUUUAAAGGACACUUGGAAGCGCUCAGAGUGCUCGUCGGAAGGGGGUAAGCUGCAGAUGGUUAUUAUUUGUACGUCUCAAAUAUAAGCGCACGGGUAUCCAUCACUUCCUAUCGUCUUCAAUCGUACGAUUGCAGGUUUACUGCAGUUCGAAAUGCUUCCUUUCGAAAUUUAAUAAUUCCUGUAACUCCUUGCAACUAUCAUUAUUUACGUCUAUCAUUAUUUGAUCCAUGCACUCUAUUCUUGUUUUCCUCUUCUGACAUGAUUUUCUACGUCACCUUCUAUAAUGAAUCUCGUCAACUUAUCGUGACGCCUUAUAAUCUAAUCCUUUAUGUAUAGUAUCUACUGAACCAAAGUUCUUGAUUUUCCUUUAUUCGUUCAGUUUUUAUUCAUUUUUUUUUCUAUCCAUCUUAGUAUUUUGGCGAUAACACUAUGCAUUUCAAAAACUUUUAAUUUUUUUUUUAUUCUGUACCAAUUGUUCAAGUUUUCAAGUUCAAAUUUUCCGCCAUUGCAGCAGAUUCCAUACAAACACUUUCACGAAAUUUUUUCUUACUAGUAAGGUCACGCUAUUACUAUUAGUGGUCAGUAGAUAGUUUUUAUCUUGAACAUCCUUCUUUGCUAAUACUAUCCUGCUAUCUAUGUCCGCUUUACUCCGGCCAUCUUCUGUUAUUUUAUUUUCUAAAUAAUUUAGAUGUUGAACUUGCUCCUAUGCAUGCGUUAUGUGUUUUUUGUAUUAUUUGUAUAUUCAAUGAAUAUAUUUCGUAUACCGUAUGAUAAUUAUUAUAAGCGAUGGGAAAGCGUAGUAUCAUCCAAAACAGAACGGGUCUGUAUAUAGUACAGGUACCUAUACUGUUAGAACCCAAGACUAAUCGCCCCCGGUCUUGUGAUUCGGUUUCGGUGUGAUAAAAACAAUAAUAUACCUAAUAUAUAGCGAAGACUAUCAUCACGCAAUAAUAGUUACAAUAAUAUGAAAUUCGAAAAAAAAACUAUGAAAAUAAAAACACGGUUUAAAAAAAUAAAAUAAAGACGAGUCAUCUGUAACGACCGACGACGCUCAUCAUCGUGAUACUCGAUGCCGUGGAUCUUUUGUUGUUGACGGGCGCGCGCGAUGUCAUCACAACUGAAACUAAAACGGACCUACCUACUAUAAUUUUAACGAAUAGGUCUUUUUUUUUUUAUAUUUAAACAAUUCGUUUACACCAAAAAAAUUGUACAAAAUCAAUAAUUGUAUUGUUUUUCCUGUUGAAUGGAUUUUUACCGUUUUGAUCGACACCGAUCAUUUUGAUAAUAAAUAUUAUUUACUCUGUCUUAAGGGGCCAUGUGCCGGUUUUACAAAUUGUCUCUAAUUUUGUACAAUUUUAAAAUUAUUUUUAACAUUUUAAUAGCCACUUUAAAUAUAAGACUUCAUCAUUAAUUUAUUACCGUAUACCCAUUUCUCUAAAAAGAUAUACGGCAGUAUCUUCUCUCUGGAAGGAAUGAGGUCGUUUUUAGGGGCAAGAAUGACUUCGCGGAAAUAGGGAUAACUCAUUGUCGACAUAUUUUUUUUUGUUCGAUAUAGGUACGAUAACAUUCUAUAUACCGCAUUGAUAUUUGAUUUUUCAUUUGUUUUAAAUAAUGAUUUGAAAAAUUGGUAAAAACCAUUAUAAUUUACAUUUUUAAAAGACGCAGUAUAAAAUUUGAGAUAGAAAUACUAAAAAACGGAAUUAAAUGGAAUCUGUAGGAAGUCUUCUUCUUUCCAUACAAAUGAUAAUAAUCAUCUUAAUCAAAUCUUUCUACAAGGUAUACGAGUUUUUACCAUAAAUCAUGUUUUUGAGUUAAAUAACGUACAGGCACCGAGCCUUUAAUUCCAUGCAAGUGGCAUCAGUUAUAUUAUACUCGUCUAAUUUUCUAUUUUCGUGACAACCAACAAAACUGGAAAAAAUAAUCGAUUUUGCCCCUCGAUACCGGAUUCCCGAAAUUCAACCGCUAAAUGAAAAAAAAAGCCGUUACAAAUUAGUUAAUUUGGUUGUUAUGGGCAAGGAAGUGACCUUUUAAACAAAUUAAUGACCUAUCGGGCCACAAAAAUUAACUGUGGUAGGGACGGUGGUGGAAUCGUGGGAUGUCACAGGAAACGCGAGGUGACACGUUAUUUGUUUCCUUUAUUACUGUGCAGUGGGGCAAAUCGUGUGAGGCAACUGUAGUAAAAAAAUAAAAAACCAAAAAAAUGUUUUCUUAAAAUUGUUAUUGAUUUUUUUUUUUUUUAAUGUACAUUUAUCAUAUCCAUCUUUAUUUUAUAGGGGUGAUCCGGAGAAAUGUAAUUAUCAUCUGGGACAGAACGCUUUGCAUCUGGCCGCGUCAAAGGGCCAUUUGAGUUGCGUGACGUUUCUGGUAGGUUUCGACGUUAACCUGUGGGCGUUAGAUUUGGAUUUUCUCACCGCGAUGCAACUAGCGGCUAUACAUGGUAAAUCGCAAGUGCUUCAAUUUUUGGACAAAGCUGCCGCAGCUCAAAUAAUGCUGAACAGGUGAGAAGAUCACGCGAUUGCAGUAACACAAUCGGACUUAUAAUAAUUAAGUAUUUGUAUAUUUAAUAUAAAUAGGAAAAAAGUCGAGUCUAAAAAAGAAAAAGCGCAAAAGGACGCGGAGCGCCACCAAAAGAAGUACGAAGAGAGGACGAGAAAAGAACGGGAAAAAGAGAAAAAACAAAUACGAAAAGUCGAAAAGGAAUAUUUGGGUGGACACAAAGCCGAUUCGGAAACGGCUAUACCUACGGUCCGACCCAUGCCUUUGUCGUAAGUACUAUACUUAAUAUUAUUAAUUUUAAGAUCUAUUAUCUCAUGUUUGAAAUGGAAACUUGGAGGAUAAUUUUUUGAUGCGUAAACAAUUCUGAAAAUGAUGAGUGGGAAGAAUAAGCAAGAACAAGGAACUAGAAUCGUUAUAUCAAAAACCGAACAUCGUAUAGAAUCCAUCAGAAUUAAGAGAUUACAAUGGUACAGCUAGGCCACACCUGCAGGAAAAGUCAAAACUUAUUAUAUCGUAAACAGUUAAAAUGGAACCCACCAGAGAAGGUGACAAAGAACGAGGUGAGAAAAUGUAGUCGGGAAAGGCGUGAAUAAACAAGGAGGAUGAUUAGAUUUAGAAGCUUGAAGUGGUAGGAAGUGUGAAAAAUGACCGGAUGGUCCUAGAGGCUUUAGUACCCCGAAGAAGUACAAUAUAUCUAAAAAUGUCUGAAUUUUAUGAUUAUGAAAAAAACAUUAUACGUACCUAUACUGAUUAUAAUACUUAUGUUUGAUUAUCUCUCAGGAAACGUUUUUAUUCACAAUUGCCGUAUAGUUGUUAUUUUGACCCGUUUGCGUAACGUUCGAAGAAAUAUUUUUUCUUAUAUAACCUAUAGUUUAAUGAUCGUCCACUAUAAAUCCACUCUUACAGUGGAGAAGGGCAAUGAAAUACUUAGUCAUCGUUUACUUAAAUCUAUAACCGGAACAGACUGUACUAGUUAAUAUGUUUUUAUCGGUUUUUUUGUUUUUUUUGUUUAUGGUUUAUUUCGUCUAAAAACUUGUAAAAUUACGUUAAACUGCUGCUGCAGCAGCCGUCUUCUUAAAAAAAACUCCAAAAAACCAUAGAAAAAUAUAACCGUUACCCAUACGCGUAUUAUAAUAUUUAUAUACGUCCGUAAUAAUAGUACUAAUAAUGGGAUUAUAAAUUUGCUUUGGGACAGUUUGCGUAAAUCGUCGUCUGACCUGUCUUGCAAGUCGUUUACCGAAAUCGUCGGAUCCGGUACUGUGAAAAAACCGUUGGUCAGUUCAGGCGGUGUGAAGAAGAUCUUGGAUAGAAAAUUGAAGGCGGCGGACGGACAUAACAACUGUAAAACCAACAAAUCGACGUACAAAUUAAUAAAGGAGGCGAGUGGUUUUUUUUUUCAUUUAUUCGGUUAUAAUACAGAGUUAAAUUACUAAUUUUUAGGAAUUAUAAUUUUUAAUUCUUUAUGGUUAUUCUAAUAGAUUUACAUCAUGGAAAAAGACUAAAACAUAAUCGAAAAUAACAGAAACCGUAAAUUUGUUAAUUUUUCCUAUCUUUUUCCUAAUUAUUAAAAAAAACUAUAAAGAAAUAAAAAUGAACUCAUUAAUGCACUGACCAAACAAAAUCUACAAACAGAAAUCACCCAAUAAAGUUAGAAAUAUAAACAAGGUCUUUAGUAGAAUCGUUGUUCACAAGAAAAAAUAUAAAAAAAAAAAAACACGCAUCAUAGUAACAUUUCCCACUACGCUUAGAAAGAACAACAUAAAAGAUACAUAUUAAGGAUCAAUAAAUGGGAGGAAGAAGCAAAAACAAAUGUUCACUCCUCAAUGUAUUUCCAAGUAUAAAAUGUUAACAUGAACAACUUGAGAAAAUCCCAAAAAUUGCCACGCUCCAAAAGUUCACCGUUCUCUCGAAUUAAUUCUACCCGGGCAAACACCCCUUUGGUCCCCCCCCCCGGUAAUGCACCCCUGAGUAUAGACGUCUUCGUUUCACAAUCUCCAUUCUAUUGUUAAGUACCCAGUUAUAAUAUAAAAUAUGAUCUUUAGGUCGAGGACAGCACGAGUGUUCGGACCAUAACGUCCAACGGUGAUUCACAAAUUAUCUACGUCAAUUCGUACGAGAAUGAGAACGGAGGUAAAUAUCGCCAGACGUUAUUAUGAUAAUACAAUAUAGGUAAACAACAACAAUGAUAAUAUAUUUAUAUGUAUAUUUAUAACGAUCGUAUUGGUACAACGUAAGCAUCACGGAUUCAAUUUUUGAAUACGAUUACCGAACGGUAUACAUAAUAAUAUAAUAGCAUCUCUAUUGUGUUAUUAAUAUUGUGUAAUCGAAAAUUAUUCACUUAAUUCGUACCCGAGAGAAAUUGUAUUAGGUACGCGGGAGCUAGUCGAUUUUAGUACACUUUCAGUACAUAAAUUAAAAUUAUCGAACUGCACACAUGUUUGAAUAAUAAUAAUAAUAAUAAAAAGUAAUAAUCGAAAUGUAGGAAUCGUAUCUCAAUUUCUGAGCCUAAAUGUCAGCCGGGAAAAAGCGCCUCGUAAUAAUUUGAAUAGAUUCGAAUAACGCUUUUUUAUUUACAUACGAUUAUGUGUAUAAAUUUAAAAGUAUUCGGUUUUUAACAUGCCAAUGAUUAUUGAAAUAAUGUUGUAAGAGGGAAGGAAAAACAAUGUUUUCAAAACUUUUAUAUCGAGUUUGUGUCGAAACACCUUUUUUUUUUACACAUUAGUGGUGCAGUUCGAGGAUUUACCAACUUUUUUUGACCCGAGUGCACGUUCGACCAUUGGAUUAGACCUCUUCUUAUACUCCGAGUGCAAUUCGACUUUUUAUUGCGCUGCAAGUGUGAAGACGUUUUACACCAUAUCCAUUUGUACGAUGUUACCAACAAAUAAUAUGUUGAACGCACGAAGAUCGUUUUUUGAUCAUAAAUAUUUCGGCAACAGUACCCACCAAACGGAUGUAAAUAAUUUUACGAAAAAAAAAAAAAAAAGAGAAGAGAAGAGAAGUAAAAGAAUAAAAUAAAUUGUCGAUUUAUAGCGAAUGACAUAUAUAAACGGACGAAUCGAUAUUGUACAAUAGCGACCGGCGGCGGCGGGUACGACUGGAAAUAUGUUUUGAUUCUUCGGUCGAUUACGACGACGUAAAGACGUGACAAUACGAAACGACAAAAAUGAGCGUGACGAAGUGAUGAAUUUUCGAUAGUUUUCGACUGGACAAAAAGCUAUUUUAUAGGUCGAUAGGUAUAUAGUGUUUGGGUAUUAUUAUUGUAUAUAAUAUAUGUAAUACACCUAAUAAUAUAUUGUUUAACUAUGUCAAUUCUGUGAAAUAUAAAUAUUAUACAUUUUUACGGCCCAAAAUGUCCCGAAACGUCCGAUUUUCUUAAAAAUAUAUUAACCUCCCCCCCUAACUCUAUAUGCGUAUAACCUGUACAUUUUUACCGGGCGUUUUUAUUCAGGUAAAAGAGGCAGAAUAUCGGAUGUCUUCGAAUUGCACCGCACCAUCUCGCAACCGAAUUUCGUCGUCAACAACUGCAGCAAUUUACAAAACUGCAACGGUCUGAACAAAAUCUACAGGCACGAUCAAGGGAGCAUGUUUGAUCGACCGGGUUUCGGAAGCGUCGCGUUCAGGCAAAAGUAAUUUUAUUUAUUCAUGCAGUUAGUAAGCGUUCCAAUAAAAUAUGAGAAAACGUCUAAAAACGAUAUCGACCUGUAAUCGUAAAAAAAAAAAACGGAUCUCCAUGGAAUUAUAAUAUAACACGUCUUAUGUUUCUAAAUCCUGAAUUUCUCAUUUUUACGAUAAUCACUUCCCUUUGAGCGUAAUAUAUGUGUUAUAAAUGGAUGUCUCGCCGUUGUAGUCGGGAAGUUGAUUUGGUGGAUACAUAGAAUUAUAUACUUAAUUUUUAUCUAAAUGAAACGAUUUAUCAUUGCUAACGAAAUACGACUUUGAACGAAUUCGUGUUUUGAAAUUCGAUGAACUUAAAAAAGCUUGUAAAAACUUUAAUAUUGCUCUCAACUUUAUUUUUGCCAUUAUCAAAUAGAACUUAUUUCAUUAUAAGUUUGUAUUUCAGGUAUCUACAAUUCUUUUUAAACGAAUUACAAAAAAAAAAAAAAAAACCAAAUCGAAAAUAAUAAAACAGUUGUAAACAUUAAAUAUAAGUUUUAAUUACCCAUUCACCCACAUUUCAUUAUUUCUUGAUACGUCAUUGGAGGAAUUCCUGUUACUCUUUGCCAGUAGCGUGCACAGGGGAGAGGUUAGGGGUUAUAUCUCGCCAAUGGCUUAAAAUACAAAAAAAAAAUAUGAGUAAUCUAGUGUCGAAAUGCACAUUUUUCAGCCAAGUUACGAGGAAAACCUUGACAUACAUAUAUUGAUUAGAAAUUGACGUUUUUUUAGGAUUCGGCUUUUAAAUUACCAGUUACUACAGUCGAUUUGGAUAGAGAAGACAAAUUUAUGAUUUAUUCAUGGUUCUUAUUUGCUAUAUCCCCUCCCAUUGAUAAUUCCUGGGCACGUCAUAGCUCCUUGCGUAUUCGAAGCCUUUUGAUUGCGUUCAAAUAUGUUUAAACUAUUACAGGUAGUUUGGUUUUUAAGACUAUAAAAAUCGAAAUACCGUAAUUGAUUGGCACGGCUUCGUGGUGUGGAUUACACGAGAAGUUUUUUAUUUGCUUCAAUAAUAAUAAUAUAUGAAAUUUGCCAGAAUAUUCAAACCUAAUUAUUUUUAUCAAAAAAAAAAAAAAACAUAGGAUUUAUGUGAAUACCAUCACACGUUGGAAUUACAGGAAAUCAGAGGGCUGAUCUUGCCACCAAUACAAUCAUGCACUCCAUAAUCGCCGACAUAUCGGUUAUCGAAAUUAAAAAUUAGAUUAAACAAAAAAUAAAGACGGCAUGUCAAAAUUAUUGGAAUUCUGUUUCAAUAUCUAAUAAGUUAAAAAGAAUUAAAAAAAGCACGAAUAAAUGGCAUAUUCCACAUUAUUAAAAAAUACGACAGGGAAUCGCCACUACAAGAAUAAGAAUCGGGCAUACCAUCUCAACCCACUCCUAACUCAUAAACAUAGAUGCAGCACUCUUAUACAAAGUACAUACAUGCCUAGUUGCUCUAACUGCUGACUAUCAAAAAUAUCAUAUAAUAAUGUCCAAAAUUCCAAAAUACAAGAAAUACCUUAUCAAUCUAGACCAAACAAAUUAUAGAAGAAACUCUCAAUGAAGACAACACCUCAAAAAUCCUAACACUUCCAACUAAAAUUAAUAUUAUAUACAACGUUCAAUACUUCUAUAUUAUUAAACAAUAUGUCGUGUGAAAAAAAAAAACUUUUAUACAUUAGGUACUUUAAUUUUUGUACAAUAUACACAAGGCUAAUAACCUUAGAUGUUAAAGCCUAUUAUAACAAUAAUAAAAAAAAAUAAUAAUAAUAAAUUGAUAUAUCCAUUACGGUGAUAAGGGUUUUAUUUUGUUGUUUUUCUGUGCCACACGACCAGAGUAACGGAUCCGAACGCGGCCGUCUUACGCGUACAUUGUCCUUGUACUCGUAUAUAUAUCGGAUGUUUACAUCACGGUGACGGUUUCAUAAAUAAAACAAUAAUCCGUACAUCCUGUACGAGAUGGUGUAUUCGAUCGAUAUAUUUCGAUCACGCUAUACGGCGAUGUCCUGUUAUUUUUACAUCAUUAGGUAUACUUAAUGGUUUUUUUUUUUUCCCCCGUGAAAAUUGUUUUUUUCCGACCGCGCGUCUUCGGAGUACAGGUACGAGGACGACGUUUUAACGUCAAACCGUAUGUUUACAAAAAAAAAAAACAAACAGUCUGUCUACACAGAGAGGGUUUUAAUUAUUAGGCAUCGAUUGGACACGGGCAAUCGACAACAGCGUGCAGUACAGAACAAUAAAAUACCUACGUAUCAUUGAUUUUUUCAAUUAUUAACCAAGUACCGUCGCCGGCCGGAAAAUUCGCGUAUUUUCAGCUGGCACAGUAGGUACACGAUUCAUUCAUAGUGCCUAUGAAUGAUUCGGAGCAUUAUUCCGAAAACCGAUAACUCUGAGUAAAAAAAUAACCCCCGUAUUGAUAGAUAUUCCUACAUAAUGACUAUAUUAUACGUAUACGUUCGUAAUCGAAAAUACCGUUUUUCCGGUCUAACGUUACUCACCCGCAUAUUACAGGCUAUUAAAUUGUCUAGCGCGCGUCGCGUCCCGACGAUAACGACGACAAUAAAAUAUAAAUAAUUUUGCAGCGCGACCACGAUCCCGGUGCCGGACGUGUCCAGAGCGACCAUAGAAGACGAGUCGUGCAGCAUCGGCAGCGCAGGAAGUCUGGUCAAGCGGAACCAACCGAGCAGCGCCAUGUCCUGGGACGAGUUUCAAAACAGUGACGGUAAAUCAAUGCGUGAAUUAUCUAAUGUAAUAUUAUCGGUCUGGUAAUAUAAUAGACCGGCUGGACGAUAGUCGGGCAGAUAUUUAUAGGCUUACUUUUGCAUAUUUUUAUUGAUCGGUCGAAACAAAAAAAAUACCUGUUUAUACUAAAAUGCGUUUCGUUACGCGACGAUUCUGUAUACAACAUUUAUUGUGCGUGUUUCAGGAUUUCGCGCAUUUCGAAGACAUUUUCAACAUUUUCAACAUGAUUUUUUAUCGUUAUUUAUUUUGGUUAUUUUCGUAUUCGUGCUUGCACAAUGCACGUAUACCUAUUAUUAAAAGGUUUUCGGGCCAUUCAAAUAUCAACUCUAAUUAUUAAUAAUUAUUGUUCUAACCGUUUCCCGUGAACGCUUACGUCUAAGGGCUACCGUCUAUAACAAUAUUAACAAUUUAUUUUUUCCGUUGAGACUGUCGAAAUUCACCCUGCCAAACAUAAGUAUUUUUUUUGAAUUUACUCGACCGUCUACAACGUCCUGUCAGCAUGCAUUUCUAAAGACAGCAAAAUCCUUCUUAACGCAAUCUUCCCUACGAUAACACCACGUUCGUAGUGUUAUUUUGUGGGCUGAGUUUCCAACUUUUUAAAUAUCACUUUUUUUGACUAUCGAGUCUCGUUUUCUCUACGCACUUAAUAUAUUCUUUCUAUUUACCUACUUGUUCACAUCAUCUGGUCGUUUAAUUGGUCAUAGUGAUUCCAUGGCAUUCUAAUUACAUGUAUUUUUAACCAUCCAUAAUUCCGUUUUAACAUCUUCCUUUCGAAAACCCGUAGUUUAGAUUCUUUUGUUUUUAUUAUAGUCUGCCUCUUCUAAUAUGGACUCCUAUAACAAUUUUAGUCGAAUUACCGUGAUAAAUUACAUGUCCUAUAAUUUUAUCCGUUUCGAUUUUUAGUUUAUUCUGUUUAAUACCUAUUUCCGGAUUUGUUACUUUUUCUGUCCAUUGAAUCUUAAAGAUUUUUCGGUACCUAGCAUCAAAUUUUAAAAAUGUCUUACUUUCUGUUCUCUUCUGUAAGUUUCGUAGCCACUCCGCGCAUAUACUUUCAGAAACUUUUUCUCUAUCUGUAUAGGGGUAUAGGGUUACAUUAUAUUUGUGGUUAUUAGAUGAUUUUUAUCCUGAAAAGACCUUUUCGAUUGCACGCUAUAUAGAUGUGUCUGGAAUAGCAGUAUUGGUGGUAGUGGCUUAAACAUACCCUUACAGUCAUACAAUUCUACAUAUAUAGAAAUCAAUGUAUCAUUUGUAUCAAUCGAUAGUUAUGAAAGGUAAGCCUAUGUUAAUUGGGUUAAUUUUGAGCGUGCAAAAGUAUCAAUGCAGCUAAAACAUCAGUUUACUUUGAUCAUACGCAAUUACAUAAAAGAAUAAUUAAAGAACGAUAUUUAUUUAAAUUUAAAUUAAUAGUUACCCAUGAUUAUUAUUUUUAAAUUUUGAAUAAUCUCGUUAUCAUUUUUAACGUGUUUUUUUGUUUUGACGACUACAGAGGAAAAUAUAGCGGUGAACGGACGACCGGUUGCCGAGCGUUCGGCGAUGUACGAGUUCCUGGCGGCGGCGGGCGUCGGUGAGUACGUCGACAAGUUCGUCGAGCAGCGGGUCGACUUGGAUGCGCUGUUUAUGCUCAACGACCAGGACUUGGUGUCGCUUGGACUGCCGCUGGGACCCAGGCGAAAACUCCUAAAGGCCGUACAGGAACAGGCGACCAAACGAGAUACGGACAACGAAUCUAAAUUACACGGAUGACCGCUGUUUAUAAGCUAAGGUUAGGUUAGGUUAGGCGCCAAGCGGUUCCAAACGAAACUUUUUUUUAGUUUUUAUUUUAUUUUCUAUAAUACUUUUUUUUUGUUAUUUAAAUAUAAGCACGCGCGUACAACCCGUAUACGGAAAUAUUUUGUACGCGCGUUUGUGUGUUUGUGCAAUUUUUUCUACAAACUUUUUCUCGAUUUUUUUUUGUGUAUAGUUUUGGUUUGGACUUGUAAUAAUAUUUUGUUACUAUUGUAACCUUUUCUUUUUUCUCAUUAUAAUUUUGUGAUGCUGCGCCUAACGUAGCCCGUUAUCCGGCAGGGUCGCUAUUUUGCAAGACAGCUAACGCUUCUCGCUGCGACUGAUUCGAUGGUCUGUGAGGGUCACUAAGCUGUGAAUUGGAAUAUCACGCCUCUACGAUCGAGGAUAUGGAGGAAGUGGUUACGAUACAUUCCCGGGUCACUUUUAAGUCUUAAUAAUAAGUCUGAUAAAAGGCUAUUUUCGAACCGUAAACGGUACGUAGGUCGCAUAAAAUUGACUUGCAUCCCAAUCAAUACACAUCCCUAGCAUGCUUGGUAGCACUGAACGUAUGUAUUUAAGGUGGCGUACAGUUGUCCUAAUCACGAUAAGGAAUACUUACCUAAACCCGGAUUAAGAGGAGGGGGUGGAUCACACGAUUCCAAGAGCCUCUGUUUUCGUCAAAAUGAGUAGUGCAAUUGAAUCAUUGCCUAACUUUGCAAUUUGAUAUUUUAUUACUUUUAAUAAUUAUUUUCGGUUACCCGAUGUCUUACAGAGAAAUUCACUAGUACCGUAAAUUUUUUUUAAAAAAAUAUAUUUGUUUGAAAAAUGUAUUUAUGACUGCUAAAUUAUGGUCUAUUAUCUCUAGAUUAUUUAUUGUUUUGCUUUUGUUGAAACAUAUUACCGUAUUGAAAAAUAAUGGUUAACAAUUUAUUUUGGUUUUAUUUUUUAUUUUUCUGUCUGUUGAAACUUUGCUCCAACUUCAAAGUGCAGCAAAAGUUGCUUUCUUUUCUAAGAGCAAAUUUGUCCAGUUAUGUGCAUUGAUUUUUUUUUUUGCAAUUAUCUUAAUAAUUAAUUUACCGUUCUUUUCGAGGGCCUUAUUAAAACGUUAGACUCCGGAGACUUUAAAUACCUUAAUCCGGUUUUGUAUUUACUAGUUAAUCUAGUAGAUAUAAUCUGCAUUAUAUAAUUGUAGGUGUCCUGAUUACGGGGAACUACGUCUGGUAUACCGUACGUACUGUGGUAUUUUAUGAGAUGAAAAAAAAGAAAACACGCGUGGUACCGAAAAUCACUUUAAUUGGUAUUGUUAAUGAUAAGUUAAGUUAUUAUGAUGUAAGCUAAAUAAAAAGAAUAACAUUUUGUAUGAUUUUUUUUAAAUAUAAAUUGCAUUGUACUCAAAUAAAUCGUAGAAAACGGAAACCGGAAAACUUUUUUAGUGAUAUAUACCCUGUCAAGUGCGUCUUCCGACCAACACGUUUGUUUUAUAUCUGAAAAAGUUUUGCCGGGUAAUUUGUUUGUACACGGAUCGAGUUGAAUCAAAGAUAGAUUCCUUUGCUGGAUAGAUGUAAGGAAUACGGUCGGUAACGACGAUGGUUCAGGACGAGGAUCGAUCGAAAUGACAUUUCAACAUUUCAAACGAGACAAAAAAUUAUAAUAUUUUUAUUUGCAAUGAAAGUGUAGGGUUUUCGGAACAAAAUUAUAUUAUUUCAUAAUAUAACAAUAUCAACUUAUACAAUUCAUAACUACAUAAAAAAAAAAAAAAAAACCGUUAAGAAUUUUAGAAAUAUUAAUAACGAUUACACGUGAAUAUUAGUCGUAAAAAAAAUGUUUAGAAAAACAAAAAAAUACAAUAAAAUACUGAUUUACAUAUAUUUUUUUUGACACCGCUCCUGCGUUGGCCGAUCGGCGAUAUAAUCUCUCGGUCUGAGAGAAAAAAAAACUUACACUUAUAUCGACGAGAAAUAGCGCACGAAUUAUCGCAUUUUUUUGAUCGUGGUUUAUCAGUUUUCAGUGACGGAAGCUUCCGACGCCCCCUGUUUAAUCGGAUCUUGAUAACGACAUACACGGUUUUCUCGACGGGGUUUUGCGAUUAGGUUAAGUUGGCCACUAACGUUAUUCUGGAAGAACGUCGCCCUCAGUCCGGUCUCUCGAUUUUAGCCAUCUUUACAAUUGUAUGGAUAGUAAUAAAGUGUGUUUGGCCAAACCCAUAGCAAUUAUUGACCGAACGGUAAAUAGCGAUUUUUUUACAGUACGAUAGCAUGUACCAUCGAACCAACAUCAAUUACAUGUACAUCCCAUAUUGGUCCAAUCCUAUACGACAAUAUUAUAGCCAUGAAAGCGGUCCAAACGGAUAAAAGCCAUUGGCGGAAACGAACGAAAAAAAAAAAAAUUAAAUGCAAUCAAAUAUCACUCAAAGAAUACUAGACGACGAGCAAAAUCCUAGACCCGUUCGCACGAUUAAAGUAUAGUUACCGAUUACAUGGUUAUUAUUAUUAUUGUUAAUAACAUAAGUUUUUUAGCAAAUACUGAGUGUUAAAACGCCUAUAGCGAAACUACUUAAGGAGUCAAAAAAAUAAUAAAUAUAAUACAUACAUCUAAAAAAAAUAUGUCGUAGUAAUAAUAAUAAAUUUAGAGUCUAUACUUAUACAUCAGAGUUAAUAAUUAUAAUUAAAUAAUAAUAAUAAAAUACAGAUAUAAUAAUAGAAUAUUAAUCUUAUUAUAGACAAUAAUUUACUGUCUAAACUAUAUAGUAGAGAGUAGUAAGUUAUGUACAUAAAAUAUUUUGUUUGACUAUAAUAUAAUAUUAUCUGAAGUGGAGGGUAGCAUACUGGGAUGGGGUAAAUGUUUGAAAACUAUAAAAUGCUCUCGGACCUUUAUGGAUCACACACAUGCUAAAAGUAGAAAAAAAAAACGUUUAACACACAAAAUACAACAAAAUAACAACACAUAGAAAAAAAAAAAUUAAAAGUAGUAAACGCGUGAAUACGAGCGAAGUAUUAUUAGGUAUCGUAAGUUAUUACACUGUUUUACUGCAGGUACUAAAAUAUUGUAUAUAAUCGAGUAGCGUAGAUAAAUUGUGUAGGAUUGAUUAAAGCGGCUAUGACAAAAUGCUUUCAAAUGGCACAAAAAAAAAAAAAAAAAAAAGAUCAAUUAUUUACCUCAUAAUUUUAACACGUAUAAAAAAAAUUUAAAAGGCACUCGUUACAACACAUAUUGAUUAGGUUAAUGAGAAUUUUUUCAAGGUUGAUCGAUGUACAUAAUAUUUAUAAUCGUCUCAAUAUAAUACUAUUAUUAUAAGUAUUUGGACACCCGUUAAAUUCGUUACGAUUUCUAUCAAUCAGUCAAAUUAAUUAUAUGUAAUAAUAUUAUCAUCAAAUAAUUUCUUUGUUUUUGCCAAACUUCUUGACACAAUCAGAGUGUAAAAAAAAAUAAACAUUUAAAAACUUAAGGGGUGGUGUUUUUUUUUAGAUUAUAAAAUAAAAAUGCCAUAUAUAUAUAUAUACAUACAUAUAUAUAUAUAAGAACUAUAUGUUAUUUAUCGCAGUCAUUUCAGCAGCGCGUUUUGGGCAAAACCAAAUGUCAAAUGUCAUUUGAAUAGACGUACAAGGACAUAAAAACAUAAAACGAAAUCACUAACAUCCAGAAACUGAACUUGAGAAUACUCGGCCUCGUCGUGAUCUUGUACUUGCGACGAUCCGUUGCCAGCACUCACAACGGUCUUGUGAAAUUAGCGGGGAACAUUUUCUUUUCUCCGCUGCUCUCUUUGAUGCCGAUUAACCAGCCUUCCUCCUAUUU